AUGGCAAACGCACAGCUGAAUUUGAAGUUCGUAAUUAACAAGAAAGGAGGCCAGAAUUUAGCCUAUAAUGGUUUCAUCUACAGAAUCAUACGCAGAAAUGCAAUAUACGAAGGAGAACUCCGCAAGCUCCGAGAUGAAGAAUGGGAUGAAGACUGCAAAGCGGUGGUACAGCGACUGCCUACCUUCAAUACAGCCAAGUCGUCACUCUACAGAGCCCGCCGAAAGGAAACCCCAGCGCUACCAAAGACUCUUUCUGACAUCAGACUGGAAGGGAAGUGGACAGAAACAUCAACCGGAGACAGAUUUCUUCUUUUUGACGACGGAGACCAGCAGAACCGAAUUAUAGCCUUCGCCACUACGGAGAACCUACGAUAUCUCUCAACUGCCGACACAUUCUACUGUGAUGGAACAUUUUACACGUGCCCGAGCUUGUUUAAUCAGAUCUACAGCAUCCAUGUGGUUAUUGAUGGAAGGAUGACGCCAGUCGUAUUUGCGCUACUACCAGGAAAGAGUCAAAGAAUCUACACUCGACUGUUUACCCUAUUCAAGGAACACAUGACUCAACUGUACAUGCCUUUCGCCCCAACCCAUGCAUUCGCCGACUUUGAAGUAGCAGUACACAACGCCAUUCGCCAGACAUUCCCAGGAAUCACCAUGAAAGGCUGUUUUUUCCAUUUCACCCAGAGUGUAUGGAAAAAAGCACAGACAACUGGACUGCAAACUCUAUACCGGGACAACGAAGAUGUUAGGACCCUUAUCCGCUGUACAGCUGUUCUACCACUGGUACCCAUGGACUGCAUAGAAGACGUAUGGUUACAAACACUAGAAGAUCUAGAAGACGCUGAAGUACCACAGAACACAACACCUUUCACAGACUAUGUUACUGAGCAGUGGGUGGAAGUUCACAGACCGUUGUGGAAUCACUUCCAAACAGAUGGACCACGAACAACAAACAACCUAGAAGCCUGGCACUGGAAACUAAAGAAGAAGGUGAAACACGCUCAUCCGAAUAUAUUUGCCAUCAUACAGACAUUCAAGGAAAUAGACAAUGCCGACGUCAUCAACAGAAUGCAGAGAGGGAUAUCAUGUGGGUAA